UGUGACAGUCGGUCCUUGUGAAAACAUGCUGCGUUUGUGCUUGUCGUUUGCCAUCAUUUCUCUGGCUCUUUCCCAUCUCUGCCUCAUUUCCCCUCACCAGAGGAGCACGAUGGCAGGAGUGAACGCGGCAGGAGCUAAUGACUGUCUGCGCUUGAAAGAGGACUGCGGUGGUGAAGCUCCAGUGACGCCUACUCAGGGAUUCUUGGCUGGCAGCAAACAGAAUUUCACAUUCCAGAAAAAUCUCAAUCACUACAACGCAAAAGCUCCGGGUUUCUUUAGUCUUGGCAUUGGCAUGGCUGGCGAAAUGAAGUUUGAACCCCUGAUCAAGAACAUUCCUGACACCAACUCGUCUAGUCUGAGUCUCUACACUGUCGAAGUCAUGCUUCCCAAAAAACCUAUGGCUCAUGCUGUCAUCCAGGUUGUCUACAUGACUAACAAUCCGAAUGCUCCUAAAGCCUUCUACCAGUGUGCUGACAUCGCUACAGUGGAAACACAGAAACUCUAAACGCUUGCUGCACUGCGUUUGGACAUUGGAUUUGUACUGGCAAUCGUGUAUAUCGUUUGUCUAGUUGCUGUAUGCGUGCAUGGUGGCUGUCUGUAGCAAGAUUGGCAUGUAGUUUCUGCAAUUCUUUGUAGCUGAUGCAACUUUUAAAGACACCAAAGCAGUUGGUCUCUA